GAGGUGCAGCUGCAGUCCGGCAUUGCUGGUGUAGCCACUAGCUGGGAUGCCAGCUUGAAGGAGAUUCUCGCUGCCCUGGAGCCGGAGACACGGACACUCAAACCCGCCAAGUUGCGUGACCACAAAUACCCGAAUCAAAAUCACGGCAUGCCCACCAAUACGGUGAUCCCUUCACCACGGCGGGAACUCGAUGAGGCACUCAUCACCCUACCUGGUGGCACUCGGCGCAACAAGAGCAGCGUGCCAGCUUAUGCCAAUGCCUUUAAGGGGGUUAGCCGUCAGGGCCGGCGGGCUGAGACGCAGCAGGUGCCUGUGCAUUCCGGGGCGUCGCAACCUUUGGAUAUACAGUAUGAUAUGGUUCCAGGCGUAAAGCUGGCUUGGGCUGGGCCGGCGAGUGGAACGUACAGCACAACAGGCUUUGGCAGUAGUCCAAAGAAGUACACAAGCCAACUUGUGGGUCGCGUGAGCCCGCAUUACGCUGGCACGCCCGCUCUGCAGCAAACUAUGAGCACACCGGCUGGUAACCAGGACCAGCUUCACCUUCCCGAGAUUGCAAACGGCAACAGUCACAGUGCAGCUCACCAGCAAGGAAGCUUCAGGGGCAGCAAUUACGCUCUCCCCACCUUCCAAUCCUGGACCCCAGGCACGUCAACACCGGGCACAGCCAGUCAUGCCCGACGGGCGCUACCGUACGUCUCCACAAAUACAUCUUCCUUGGCCAAGCCCUUGACGGUGCAGUAUCAUCCAGUACUCAGAUCUCCGUCGCUGGGGCCAGGGCCUGGGUCACCGUAUACUCAGCCUGUGGCAACGGCAUCAGCCGUUGCCGCGGGUCCGCGGGGGACUCCGCAACGGCCUGCGACCGACCAGGGGUCCCCUGCGCAACAGGCGGCAGGCGGUGUGGGUCCCGGCGAGGCCACGCGGCUUUACCCGCGUACUGCUUAUGGCGGCCAGCCGCAUCGCCUGCCUCACACACCGCCGGAGGUGGCGGCGGAGGUGGCGCGGCUGCGCCACGCGCAGGAGUUGGACGGGGUGAUUUAUGGAAUUCGGAACGAGUUGAUACAGGCGGCAGCUCCCCGGUUGGACCCACCUGUUAAGUCCAAGUUCCUGCAGUUGUACGAGGACCCCAACCGCCCACUCGCAAAACUGAAUCCAAAGCAGCUCUUGGGCGAAGUUGCUCCAUCCUCCCAGCACCACCGGCGGCACCGUCCGCACGCUAUCGCCACGGACAAGCCCGAGGUCAGUUCAGAUGGCAGGCCGCCGUCCCCCAUGGCCAGCAGCAGCCGUUCGCCCAUGUACGAGCGGCGGUUACGGCCCCUGCCCACCGAUAUUCAGGAGGAUGCUGCAGCUGCCCAGUCGGCGGCUGAUAUGGGCGAUAGGGCUGAUAACCAGGAAAUUGACGCGCUGCCCAACGUCCAUUUGCGACCACCGGAGCUUCCUGGCGAGGCCGGAAUGCGGUCCGGACAUGACCAGGGUAUUGGUGCGGAGGCGGAAGAAGAGACGGAAAGUCCUGACCGGUCCACACCUAGGUCAUCGUUGAUCGACCGGGAGGAUACGACAUUGACGAUGGCAGACUUCAGAGCCCUGUCAGAUGGCGGUCUCUCUGUGGCAUUGGCUACUGCCGGGGAGGGCACUGUGGGAACGGAAGGGGUGGAACAACUCGGGGCCGCAGCUGAAGAUGUGGCGCCUGCGGAUGGCCAGGCGGCUGGGCCGCAGGAAUAUGGACAGCAGCAGGACGGGUCAGUCCCGCCGCCAGUAAUCCUGGCGCCUUCAGACGAGGCAGCUGGCGCAAGUCUGCAAGGGGCACCCGAGGCCGGAGUUCCCGAUCAGCAACUCGAUGAGGUUUUGGAGCAGGCGCAACCGCGUCCGCCAGCGGCAGGGCCAUCUACAGAGGUCACGGCGGAGACAUGUCCAGAGCCAGCGGCCUUGGAGUAUAUGGCAGGUCCGCUGCCGAGCAGCGAUGUGGGUGUGACGGUUCAGGCUGGGGCUCCUGAAUGCGCCGGGGAGGCUGAGCCUGAAUCCGGCGAUGCAGCCGUGCCCGAAAGUACGCCUAAAGAGGACAUGGACUUGCUGCAGGAUGCUGGGGGCACCUCGAGCCUGGACAGGGUUGCCGGAGCCCCCUCAGCAAUGCCAGAAGUGUGCAAGAUGGAUGAGGACGGUGCAGAGUUGGGCUCAGGCGAUGCAGCGAAGGAGCCAGAGUCCCAGGCGGCUGUCCAGGCACCUGAAAUUGCAGUCGUCCCACAAGGGGAUGGAGACGAAGCGUCCCCCACCGUGAGCGGCACGGGUCCUACGGAUGCACAGGAACCGGAGGGUGCAGCUGCGGAGUCGAGGCAAGAGGCGACAGCGGACGUUGCGGAUCUAGAGGGUGCCCAGGCAGGGGCGGAGUUAAAUCCCUCCGGGUCCAGCGAGUGCCAGCCCCUGGAGUCAUCUGAAACCAUGGCCAUAUCGGCAUCGGAGGCCACGACGGCCGCGGAUGCCUUCGUGUACUCCCUGCCUCCGGGCGUGACCCCGGAGAUGGCCAGAGCCUCCGCCGUGUGCAUCCAGACGCAUGCGCGCGGUUACCAGGCUCGGCGCCGGAUGGCAGUGAUGCGGAAGGAGCGCGAAGCAGUGAAGGCCCAGCCAGAACAGGUAUUGCAGCCGGAAAUCCUGCCCAGCCCCAGCACGUCGCUGACCAAAUCGGAAUACGAGCUGCCACAGGGUGUUACACCCGAAAUGGCUCGCGCAGCAAUCGUCCGCAUACAAUCGCACGCACGUGGGUAUUUUGCCCGGCGCCAUGUGGCGGAGCUGCGCCGCGGGCGUGAGGCAGGACAGGCUGCCCUGGCAACAGCAGUUACGGCAGCCACGACGCGUAAGCUGGAGGGCUAUGAGCUGAAGGAAGGGGUCUCGGUUGAGGUAGCAGAAGCGGCAGCCAUUCGCGUGCAGGCGCACAUGCGGGGGCACCUGGCUCGACGCCGAGUCAGACACAUGCGCGCCGAGCUGUCGCCCUCUGCAGAGCCUGCAUCUGAGCCGGAACAGGAGGCGUCGCGCGGCGCGGCCACAGGUGAAGGGCCAGCUGAGGAGGACACAACGCUGCGGGAACAGGGCGAGGCGGUGUCAAAUCGUGCCGGGGCCACAGAACCGGCCCAGCCGCCAGUUGCGUCAGAGCCCGAGGAGCUCACUAUCGACGCGCUCAAGGCCGCACUAGACGAGGAGCAGCAGGAUGCGGAUGCAGAGGCGGCGGCUGCGCUGUCGGAUGCUGUCGCUGAGGAGCCAGCGAUGCUGGACAUGUCCGACCCGGCUGCGGUGGCUGCUGCGGCUGCUAAGAGUGCCAUCCGGCUGCUGGAGGACGGGAGCUACGGGCUGGACGGCGUCGUCGACACGACCGCAGCUGUCGACCAGACAGCGGCUGAGGCCAGCAUGGCCCGCCUGGCCGCCAGCUCUGCGCGCACAUCGGCCAUGUUCCAGGGCGCCGGCGCCGAGAUGCGCUUCAGUGAUGAUGAAGCCUCGGCACUGGAGCUCAUAGAUAACCUGGACGGCCUAUUGCAGGGUGAUGACGAGGCAGCGGCGGCGGCGGCGGCCGUUGCAGCUGCCGCCGCGCCCGCAGAUGGUGAGAUGGUGUCCAUCUCCGCUGACGGUGUCAGCGAACCGCAAGCGUUGGGCACGGGCGGCAGCGGUGGUGGCAUCGCCGGCGCGUACGGUAUGGUGAUGAAGUGCAAGGUUCGCGGCACGGAGCCUGUGCAAUGGGUGGCCAUCAAGGAAUUUAAGAUCGACGAUAACGACCCUGACGCGGAGGAUGUCAAGCGCACCAGCUUGCGCGAAGUGGCUGUGCUGGAGGCGUUGCAACACCCGCACGUCGUGGGUUUUGUAGACAAGUUCAUGGUAGGCGACCGGCUGUUUAUUGUGAUGGAGUUCCUGCCCUGCAACCUGUUGGAACUCCUCGAGGCGCAGCCGGGCGGCAUGGACCGGGACGCGGUGCGGCUCAUCAUGUUCCAGCUGUGCUCGGCGAUUGCCUUCAUUCAUCGUAAGGGUAUGGUGUACCGGGACAUCAAGCCCGAGAAUCUGCUGGUGGACGAACACGGCACCGUCAAGUUGUGUGACUUUGGCUUCGCCAGGUACCUGCCCUCUGGCCCCAGCUCACACCUCACUGACUACGUCGCCACCCGCUGGUACCGCGCGCCGGAGCUACUGCUUGGGCCACCCUACCGGGAUGCGCUAGGAAAGCACGUCCAGUACAUGUACGGGCCGCCGGUGGACAUGUGGGCCGUUGGUUGCCUGAUGGGCGAGCUGCUGGACGGCGAGCCACUGUUCGCGGGUGACUCGGACCUGGACCAGCUGUACCGUGUGCAGCAGAUCCUGGGACCCAUGGCUCCCAGCCACCAGUACAUGUUUUAUGCCAACCCGCACAACACCGGUAUCGUCUUUAACAUUAAGCAGCCCAUGACGCUGGGGGCGCGCUACCGUGGCAAAGUCUCGGACGUGGAACUUAGCUUCAUGUUGGGACUUCUGGAAAUGGACCCUGACAAGCGCCUUACUGGCGAGCAGUGCCUGCAGCACCCUUACCUGGUGGACCUUGCCACGGCCGCGAAUGCGGCAACCACUCCUUCGCCCAGCGACUCGAUUGUGGCCACUUCCACGAACCUCAGCGUGGAUGACGGCGGCAGCGGCGGUGGCGAUGCCAGGUUUCCGGCGCCGCUGGCCACCGGAGGGGAUGCCGGCGCGGGGCCGCAGCGUGGCCUGUCGAAGCUACACGCUAACGACAACGGGCAUGUUGUAAUUGUGGAGGGCGAGGUGGAUGACGAGGAGGAGCGCGGAAUGGCUGGGGGCAUGGCUGCGGUUAAGAGUAUGAGCGCAUUGGCAGAGGUCGCUGCAGCGGUUAGCGAGAUUGAGCCGCUCGACGAGGCAUGAAGUUAACUACCUGCGGGAUGCGUGCGUGCUGUCCUGCGGCUGCGGGUGGAAGAUAGAGGGAAGGCGCGCUGGAUUGCAGCGUGGCGACUUGUUCCGCCAUGGUCGAGAUGGCGUGGCAGUGAGGCGGCAUGUGCUGGGCGCUGGGAGUUGCGUCUAAGUUGUUUGCGGAUCAUGGGUCUGUAUGUUGGGGGAACGUCUUUGCAUCGCUGCGUUGCCCUGUGUCUUGAAUGUAUGGCUAUUACGGUGGUUGCGC